CUGCCAUACUCACAAGAGAACCUCUACUCAUCUACAUUCCGCAUCAAAUAUUCUAUGAUGCAUGCUUCCUCUCUCUGCCUUGCCUUCGCUGCAAUCAGCACAAUGGCACUGCCGACCCGAGAGGACAGUUCAAAUGUUUCGCUCUCUGAUCCAAACUACGGUCCCAUUUCUGGAGAAUCGAGAACAUACGUCGACUACAACCAGACAGCCGCGCCAUUCCCAGGAAACAUUACCGGUGCGGCCAUACCCACCGAGACUGGGCCUCCAGGACCCGACGACCUUCUCUUCCAGAACCUGCUCAGCGCGGAGUGGGCCAUUUUCAACUUCUAUCAGCAAGGCGUCGAGGCAUUCAAUCAAUCAUCCUUUACCAAUCUCGGCUUACCCAACAUGACAUACAUCGUUAUCAGUGCCACGAGCGUCAAGCCUGGACCUUGCACUUACGACUAUGGCUUCAACAACGCUUCCACUUGGCUGGCGCUCCAGGUUGUCCUCGAGUUGAGCAGCAUGGCAUUCUUGACCGGUCUGGUCAGGGAGGCUGAGCUCAAGGACACCAUGAGCGCUCUUGUCGCCAUCGCAGAAGUAGAAUCUCGACACAACACAUGGGCAUUGAUCGACAUCUUCGACAUCAAUCCUUUCUCCGGUCCUGCCGAUACGGUCUUCCCGUAUGCAAACGAGAUACUCGAUCUCACCAAUCGAUACAUGGUGCCUGGUAGCUGUCCUGCUGCAAACCCAGUGUAUCCAUCGCCUAGGCAGAAGCUACCUGCAACAACGGCUGUCGUUGAGAAAGCAAAUGGAAUAGUCGAGUUCGAGUUUACUGAUGCUGGUAACCAGCCUGAUUGGUAUUGGCAGCAGAAGGAUAGACAGUACUAUGCUGUCUACUUCCAUGGCGUCCACAACAUGACUAUGCCUUUCGAUACCAAGACCAAUCAGUCUGCUCAUCCGACUAUGUUCGAUACUGGAGAGGGUAUGAUUGUUGCGGUGAUUGCGAAUGAAGUCGGUGCUCCUAGUUUGGAUAGUGUUGUGGCGGGUCCGGCGUUGAUAAUUGAGCAGCCGUCAUUCUCCUAG